AUGUCCAAUGCACUAACCAUGGCCCUGCUUUGCCUGCACCUCCGCCGUCUCGGGCCCCGCCAUCAGCCACUCUUGCACCGUCGGAACCAGCCAACUUUGCGUCUCUCCCCGGUCCGGCCCCUGGUCAUACCGACGCCCAUGGCACAGCCAUCCCUGCGUUACGCCUCUUCUUGGACCUUUUCUCCGGUGCUUCUGCGCCAGUGCACCAUGCCGUGUCCGGUUUGCUGUUGUGCCGCUUCGAGCCUGUGGACCUUCUGCGCGGUUCCGCUCUGGAUCUGUCUGAUGAUGAUGUCUACCGGGACCUCUGCCGUCUUUGUGCCUCUGGUUUGGUCGGAGCCUGCUGUGCUGCUCCGCCUUGCUCCUCCUUCUCCAGAGCUCGCUUGUGACCGCCUGGUCCAUCGCCAGCUGAAAGAGCUGCGGCUGUCCAAUUCCCUGCACAAGCGCACCCGCCACCUACUGUCACUGGUGGCCAGCCGCAGCGGCCUCAUCUUCCUGGAGAACCCCGUUUCUAGCCUGUUGUCCGAAGUUAUGGCUUGGGUCCGAGCCUUUGCCCCGUUUGGAGCUUCAGUUGCAGCCUGCAGUCAUGGUAUGGAUGCCGACAAACACUGGCUCUUCUGGUCCAACAGACCCUGUGUUGCUGCAUUGGCAUCCUCCUGCCCGCACCUGAAGGGUUUCCACAGGUUGCUCCGCAGCAAACGUCUGCCAGACGGCUCCUGGUCGACACGCUUGACAGCCACGUAUCCGCAAUCGCUUGCAGAAGCUAUUGCCGCUCUCUGCGUGCCCUUUCUGUCUGUCAAAGAUACCGUUUACACUCGCAACAGCUGGAGUGCGCUGCUCCCACCGCGACUGCCCUGGUCUGCUCAACACCUGCCAGUUGAGGAUGGGGCCGGUUGUUCCAGCACGGCUUGUCACGUCACUCCGCAAGGAGACGACAUCUUCCGCCCGUUACGCCGUGCUUGGAUGGAGCGCCUCAUCAAGUCCGGUCUUGUUCACACGAUUGUCUCCGCGGUCUCCUCCGGCGACAAAGCAUCCCCACUUUCAGACGAACAGCUGUUGCCUUUCUUUGACGACCUACGUUCCUUCCUGCACGUUGAAUGUGACGCCACCUGGUCCAACUUGCUGCACAUUACUCCAGGGCAGCCGUUCCGUAUCUCUCUUUGGCGCACGCUCUCGCUCCUUCUGAAAGACCCAGAUGCGGACCUCUUCCCGCACUUGCGUGAGGGAGUUCCGCUUGGGUUCGCCCAACCGAUACCUCCCUGCCCAGUCCUGACUCUUUCGGAAUUAACUGCUCCAGUUCCGGAACUCUGCCACUGUGAGUCCGCCUGGAAAUCUGCCUUGGACCAUCCCGGUUUUGUCGACGAUCUUCUCAAAGAAGAGCUAGCGCAGGGCUGGAUUUGUGAGGUGCAGGGAGGUGAUGCCGAACUCAAGUCUCGAAAGAGCCAGUCCGCCGUCGGGAAGCUCGGCCUGGUUAUCUCGGAUUCUCGCCCUCCGCGGCUCGUGGUAGACAGUUCCAUUUCUGGGGUUACUGCGAGUACCCGUCUGCCCAAUAGGUCAUCUAAUCCCACGCUCAUGCACGUGCGACGCUGCCUUCCGCUUUCGGAUGCCCGCGAGCAACUUUGUGCUCUGGUUCUGGACGUCAGCAAAGCCCACCGCCGGCUCAAAAUUCUGCCUGCUGACCAAGGGUUACUCUGUUUUCGCCAUCGUGGCCGCUUGUAUCAGUGUCUCACGCUCAAUUUUGGAGCUAGGGCGUCUGGGUUUUACUGGUCCCGGGUGGCAGGUCUGCUUGUGCGCCUGGUGCACCGCAUCUGGUGGGUGAGUCACUCCGCACUAAUCUAUGUGGACGACCUUCUGUGUCUGCUUGAGAAAAGCUCCGCCCCGUUGCUGGCUUCCGUUCUCGUUGUGCUCCUGCAGGUCCUUAACGCCAAACUCUCCUCUUCCGUUGUGUGGAUCGGCUGGCAGUUUGACUUCCGCACCUACACAGUCCGCCUGGAACCUGAAAAGCUCCAGCGCUUGCACCGUCUACUUCAUGAGUCCCGUCGACACAAUAAACUGCCGACGUCGACCCUAGAGAAGUUGACCGGCAAGCUCCUCUGGUUGUCGAACUUGCUCCGCGCCUUCAGGCCCUCGCUUGCUCCUCUGUAUCAAGAUCAGUACUGCCCCCCGCUGGUGAGCAUUGCGCUUUCACCUGCUUCCUGGAAGCGCUUGGUGGACUGCCUUUCCGAUGACCUGUUGGUCCGCUCACCGUGUGGUCUUGCUGCUGCUCCGGUUAUGGAUCUCUGGCUGGACAUCUGCAAGUCCGGUACUGACUUCCGCGCUCUGCUCCUGGCCCCGCACUUUCAGUGUGAAGCGUUCGCAGACGCCUGCGCAACAUCCACGUCUGCUGGACUUGGAGGUUUCGUGAGGUUGCCCAAUGGAGCCUGCCUGUUCUUUCAGUACACCUUCACACAGCAGCAGCUGCACGAUCUCUUUCAAUGGUUCCCUGCAGACGAGCCGCCGCAGCAUUAUAUAGCAGCCUGGCCCAGUGCGGGCUCCUGCACUUGCUCUCUUGUCUGCUGCCACCUGGUCACCCCCCUGUCCACGUGA